UUCCUUUUUUCUUCUCCUCCUUGGACAGUCUACACUCAAAUUCUGUCUACAGAAGGUGGCUUCAACGUUCUAUAUUAAUCCAGACGACCAGGACUUAUAAAUACUAAACGAAAAAUCGAUCAACCUCCAUUAAACUCCAUGAAUCAAGUGUAGUGAAAAAGAUAAGUAGAAGAUGAAGAAAUCAACACUCCUCAUCGCUUUAAUCACAAUCCCCCUACUAAUAUCAACAUCAAACGGGGAUGCUAGAACACAAGUAAUCAAAAUGUACUGCGAUGAAGGAUUCGAAAACAAUCAAACCAUAUUCGUCCCAAAUUUCGUACAAGCAAUGGAAAUUAUCAACGUCCGAUUACGAACAUCAAACAACGCAACAAUAGAAAUCGGAACAGGACCCAACAAAAAUUACGCCCUCGCUCAAUGCUUCAACGAUCUCUCUUCACAAGAUUGUAUGUUAUGUUACGCCCAACUCCGUACUGUACUUCCCGGUUGUUAUCCCCAUAGCGGUGGUCGGAUUUACAUCGAUGGUUGUUAUAUGCGGCUUCAGAAUUAUAGCUUUUUUCAAGAGUAUAAAGGAUCUAAUGAUACGAUUGUUUGUGGGAAUGUAACGAGGGAGAGUUUAGGGUUUCGAGAUUUGACUCACCAGGCGGUGGUGGAUGUUGUGUCGGAGGCGUUGAGUAGCGAUGAGUAUUUUGGGAGGGCGGAGGUGGUGGUGGCGCGUGGCGGUGGUGGUGGUAAUGAGUCGGUGUUUGUGAUGGCGGAAUGUUGGAGGACUUUGAGUCCGGCGGAUUGUAGGAAGUGUUUGGAGAAUGCGUCGGCGGCGAUUUCGAAAUGUUUGCCCUCGUCGGAGGGAAGGGCGUUGAAUACGGGGUGUUUUAUGAGGUAUUCUGAUAGGGAUUUUUUAAAUCCCGUAGAGGUGAUACAGAGCUCUAACAAUAGAGGGAAGAUGGUAGCGGUUAUUGUUUCCAUUGUUAGUUCUGUGGUGGUUUUGGUAGUUGCUUUGACAAUUGUUUUAUAUAUUAGGAGACGUAGAUAUAUACAAUACAGGAGAAGAGGCUCUUAUGAUGCUGAGAAAUUAGCAAAGAUUCUUACUGAUAGUAGCUUAAACUUCAAAUACUCCACAAUUGAGAAAGCCACAGCAAAUUGGGAUGAGUCAAACAAGCUUGGACAGGGAGGAUUUGGAACCGUUUACAAGGGGGUACUUUCAGAUGGAAGAGAAAUAGCUGUGAAGAGGCUCUACGUCAACAACAAAUUUAGAGUAGCAGAUUUCUACAACGAAGUUAACAUAAUUAGCAGUGUUGAACACAAAAACCUUGUCAGGCUUUUAGGAUGCAGUUGUUCAGGACCUGAAAGCAUUCUCGUAUAUGAAUAUCUUCCCAACAUGAGUCUCGACCGCUUCAUUUUUGAUGAAAUAAAGGGCAGGACACUAAACUGGGAGAAGAGAUUUGAGAUUAUUAUUGGUACAACAGAAGCUGAUUUUGGGUUGGCCAGAUCUUUUCAAGAUGAUCAAACUCACCUCAGUACUGCUAUUGCGGGUACACUUGGAUAUAUGGCUCCAGAGUAUCUAGCCCAUGGUCAAUUAACUGAAAAGGCAGAUGUUUACAGCUUUGGUGUUUUACUUCUGGAAAUAGUCACUGGUAUAGAAAACAACCGAAGCAAUACAGCAGAAUAUACCGACAGCAUAGUCUCUGCUGCAUGGAAGCACUUCCAGGAAGGUACAGUGGAGCAAAUCUUUGACCCGAAUCUGUUGAUGGAUAUUUACCCGAACAUCAUUUUCAAAAAAGACGCGAUAAAAGUGGUACAUGUAGGACUUCUUUGCACCCAAGAAGCUCCAUCUUUAAGGCCAACAAUGUCAACUGUACUUAAAAUGUUGGCAAAAGAUGAACAUUUACCCUUUCCUUCUAAUCCCCCUUUCAUAGACGAAAAAACCAUGGAACUCAACAACAUUACACAAACUAUACUUGGUGAUCAUGAAGGGGAAAGUUCUUAUUCGAUUGCUACAAUUUCCCACAGUCAAUUCUACCCUAGGUAACAACACAACAAUGGUUAUCUAUUUUCGAUAACUAGGGUUUACGCCUUUUGCAUAUACGAAAGAUCAAGAGCGAGUCAUGUACUCAUGACCCACCUUUUGGGUAGGACAAAUAGUUUAUAAUAUUUAUCUUAUUGAUAUUAGUCACAAGCCACAGAUAAGCCAAUGCAAACCAAACAAAAUAGAACGUGUUUAUCAUAAUAAGUAAAUAUAUACGAUAUAUACAGAAAAAAGGCCCACCAUCCAUGGCUUUGUUUUCAUCCUGUAUGGAAGUCCCUUGGUGAUUCUAUUUCAAGAUCAUGAUGCAUUGCCUUCUUAACCUCCUCAACAUUGGGUGGAUUGGAUCUUCGCACUUUUACCAUUUUUUGCUCACAUAUAUGUCGGGUUGAUUUGUUACCGAAG